AUUUUUAUUAUUCUGAAAAAAUCUUGGACGGAUUUCCAACAGGGAUUUUGAUUUUUCCAGUUGAAUCAGUGGAUCUGAUCUAAUCUGAUCCGAUUAAUUGAGAUUUCCCCCUUUUCAUCAUUAACUAACAGUGCACGUAAUCAUUCUGUCAAUGGCUGAAGGAAGCAAGCACUCACUCCAAGACAGAGUGGCAAUCGUCACCGGCGCGUCCCGUGGGAUCGGCAGAGCCAUAGCGCUCCAUUUGGCCUCCAUGGGAGCCAAGGUGGUCAUCAAUUACACCUCCAGCUCGGCUCAGGCCGACCUCGUCGCCUCCCAAAUUAACGCCGGAUCCUCCGUCCCACAAGCCAUCACGGCGCGGGCCAAUAUCUCUGAUCCGGCUCAGGUGAAAUCCUUGUUCGACGCGGCCGAGUCAGCCUUCAAUUCUCCUGUCGAUAUCCUGGUCAACUCAGCCGGCGUCCUCGACUCCAAGUUCCCCAACGUUUUUAACACCACAAUAGAAGAUUUCGAUAACACCUUCAACGUGAACACACGUGGGGCAUUCCUCUGCUGUAAAGAAGCGGCCAACAGGAUCAAGCAGGGCAGAGGAGGGAGGAUUAUAUGCCUGACAUCGUCGACGGUGGCAUCUUCGAAAGAAGGCUACGGUGCAUACGCUGCGUCGAAGGCGGCAGUGGAGACCCUGGUGAAAAUACUAGCCAAGGAGCUGAAAGGGACUGGGAUAACGGCAAAUUGCGUAGCGCCGGGACCGGUGGCAACGGAGAUGUUCUUCUCCGGUAAGACGGAGGAGAUGGUGAAAGCGGCGGUUGAAGCGUGUCCCUUGGGCAGGCUGGGGGAGACGGAUGAUGUGGCUCCUGUGGUUGGGUUCUUGGCAAGCGAUGCUGGUGAAUGGGUCAAUGGACAGGUCAUUCGUGUUAAUGGUGGCUACGUGUGAACUCAGGCACCAUUUGUCUCGCCAAAAUUGCCUUGCUGCACUGAUAUUUCAAUUUUUCUGCUUUCUAUCUUAGACCAAUUAUUGUCCACUAGAACAGAAUAUUUGGGUGGCUUAAUUUUCCGUUGCACUUAGUAGUUUGAUACUUUUCCUCUGCCGCCUCCUCUUAUAAAUGAGAUAAGUAUGCUUGAACAUUUUCAA